UCCCUGUCUUCCACAGCUCCUACCUGCACCAGCUUGCUCCUUGUCAGGUGUCCUCCCGCUGGGCUUCCUCUCGAUCUUCUGGAACCUCUCCUGGACCCCGAGGAGUAACAAGGGGCCGUGGCAUCUUGCACAAGUUCUCAAGCAAAUGGCCACUAAAAUCGACAAGGAGGCAUGCAGAGAAGCCUACAACCUCGUGAGGGAUGAUGGCACGAAUAUUAACUGGGUGACUUUUAAAUAUGAUGGCUCUACAAUAGUCCCCGGAGACCAAGGAACAGACUAUGAAGAGUUUACAAGGGAAUGCAAAGAUGAUAUCAGGUUGUUUGGAUUUGUCCGAUUUACCACUGGGGAUGCCAUGAGCAAGCGAGUCAAGUUUGCCCUCAUCACUUGGAUCGGAGAGAGCGUUAGCGGCCUGCAGAGAGCCAAAACCGGGACUGACAAAACCCUGGUCAAAGAAGUUGUACAGAACUUUGCCAAAGAAUUUGUGAUCAGCGACCACAAAGAGCUGGAGGAGGAGUACAUCAAGAAUGAGCUGAAGAAAGCAGGGGGUGCUAAUUAUGAUGCCCAGAAUGAGUAAAUGCACUAGCCACGUGGUACCAUCUGCCUGGAUCAGGAAGGGAGGGGCAAAGCACAACCACCCAACUAAAUUCUGGUGAGGCGAACGAGAGAAGACCCAGCUUAUUUGUGUGCACCUAAGAAGUCCCUUCCCUUCUCCCAAAAUGGACUUUUUAUUUUCCAUUCCACUUCCCUCUUCCAUAAGAGCUGUUCUUAUUUUUUACAAAAGUUGCACAAGUAACUCAGUCCCCAAGCAGAUGCUGAUGCUUUCUAUAGCAUGUUGGUUUACCUUUCUGUUUGGCCCCGCACUUGUCAUAGUCAACCUUGCUGGUCUUACAGGCCUGCCAUGAUAUCCAUUUUUAUUUCUAUUUUUUUGGUAUGUGUUCACAUUUGAAUGGGGUUCAGAGUAGGCUCUGGUUAUCCCCAGGAGAAAAAUCUCUAGGAAUUGUGCACAUACGGCAUUUUCUAAAGUUCCUGAUGGUAUUCUUGGGACUACAUAAUUUUCCUUCUUCGAUGUUCAGAUCUACUUGAGUUGACUCCACUUAAACUUUGAUUAAAUUACCUGAGCUUAGCUGUUCAGUGGCGAUAAUGAUGCUUAGCCAUUUAAAAAAAAAUAAAAAUCUCGUUUUCAACUCUUAAUCAAUGGGAAGAAGUAAAUUUUGCCUUAAAAAUUGCUUGAUGGUUGCUGUGCUGCACCUCCACCUUCCCCCUUCUGUAAAAUUUGAUCCAACGUGCUUUGAAUGUUUUCAAGUUAUCAUGGCAACAGUAAACUGGAAAAAAAAAAAAAAAAAAAAAAAGUAAAAUGUCCGGACAUUUGUUCACUAUUUUGUACCCAGCGAUCUCUGGGGUUAUUUUUUAAACAACUGCAAAAACAACAACUGCUGCAUCCAAGCAGCCUUUUUUAUUUCCCCCCCCCUUGCAAAGGUCAGUUUAAAACGACGUCUUGAGUCAUCUGGGGGGCCUUCAGGCAGCUCAGUGAUGUUCCAGCUUCAUAACCCGAGAGAUGGAGCAGAGCAGACCUGUCCAUUCGGAACAGAACGUUCCACAGCAGUCGGUCAAUGCUGAACAUUCAGGGAUUAAUCAAAUAACAUUGGCACAGUUUUAGUUACCAAACAAAGAUCUUUUCUGUAUUUUUUCUUUUCUUUUCUUUUUUUUUUUUUUCCCCAUCUAUGAUGAAUGUCCCCGGAAUUAAGUUUAGGGAAAACUGUGUAUUGGGGGUUUGUGAGUUGGCGCUAAUAAAAACCAGUAAAGAAAUGUUUUUCAAAAUA